AUGUACUUACGUGUAUUAGCGAGCAGAGAGAAGGUGAUCGAUCAAGGCCAUCGAGACACCACGCGGAGUGUUGGGGACCUGGGUGUGGCGCCGCAGGGUCAGGUAGAGCGUGGCGGAGCGGAGGUUAUGCACCGACGCGCAUUUACGGGAAAAGAUAAAACGCUGGGGUCACAUAGUGCAAAUACUCUAGGUGCGGCGCCGCAUGAUCAGAAAAAGAAGAGCAACGAAGUGGAAAAUACGCAUCGACAUGGAGCAGAAGGUGGGGGGAACCCGCUUGGACCAAAUCAUCCAGACGUCCUACUAGGUGUUAUUGGACUAGCUGUAACGCUUCUCGCUGAGAGUAACUACGAAGAAGCUAAGGUCAUAUAUCGACAUGGCCUAAGGGCUAUGGAAAAGGCUCUAGGGCCGGAUCAUCCAGUUGCCCUCGACAGUAUGAAUACGCUUGGCGAAACGCUGCUCGAUCUGGGAAGAUAUGACGAAGCGGAGGCUAUGUGUCGACUUGCAUUGGCGGGCAGAGAGAAAACUCUAGGAGCAGAUCAUGCAGUCACCCUUACAAGCGCCAAUAACCUUGGCCGGACGCUGUAUCAUCAGAGAAAGUACGAAGAAGCGGAGAUGAUAUUUCAAUCUACUCAGGCCGGUAGAAAAAAGGUGCUUGGACUAUAUCAUCCAGAUACCCUACUAAGUGCCGUUUGCCUAGGGGUGACGCUGCUUGAUCGGAAAAAGUAUGGAGAAGCUGAGGUCGUGUAUCGGCAUGCCCUAGGGGCUAUGGAGAAAGCUCUGGGGCCCGAUCAUCCAGAUGUGCUCGACAACGUGAAUACGCUAGGCGAGACGCUUCUCGAUCUGAAAAAUUAUAGCGAAGCCGAAGUUGUGUGCCGACGUGCGCUAGUGGGUAGAGAGAAGAAAUUUGGCCCGGAUCAUCGAGAUACCCUAUUAAGUGCCAAUAACCUUGGUUUGGCACUGAGGAAUCAGAAUAAGCACCACGAAGCGGAGAUUAGUUAUCGACGUGCAAUGAUCGGUGCGGAGAAGACGCUUGGGCUUGGCCACCGAGAUACUCUAAUGUGCAUCUAUAACCUGGCUGGGGUGUUGCACAAGCAGAGGAAGUAUGGCGAGGCGGAGAUGAUGCAUCGCCGUGCACUAACGGGACGAGAGAGGAUUCUAGGGCUGGGUCAUCGGCACACCCUUCGCAGCCUCAUUAAGCUAGGCACUGUACUGCACGAGAAGGGGGAGUACGGUGAAGCGGAGAUUAUGUAUCGACGUGCAGUUACGGAGGCGGAGAGAGCUCUAGGGCAAGGCCACCCUACCACCCUAAAAAAUUUUAACCUCCUCUCGAUAUUUCUCCAGGCCCGGGCGACGAGUGCCGCGGGCGAGGCAUCAUGACAGAAAUGAAGGGUUUAAGUUUACUCAGGAAUGAAAUCAUAUUGGCCAUUUCCUUAUACAUCAGAUUCCUUACUUUUUUAUUUUUAUUUUC